GUUGUGGCGGAAUAGUCCAGCGCUCGCGCCCGCCCGGUUUAGGGGCGUGUGCGCACUCCCGCGACACCAGGAAACAUGGCGGCGCUCAUGACGCUCAGUCAGUUGUCAAGUGGAAACCCUGUUUAUGAAAACUACUACAGACAGCUUGAUCCAGUCAACAGUGGCAAAGUAUCAGCCAGUGAUGCAGCUCAAUUUCUCAAGAAAUCCGGCCUGUCAGACAGCACUUUGGGGAAGAUCUGGGAUUUGGCUGAUUCUGAGCGUAAAGGCUACUUGGACAAGCGGGGCUUCUUCGUCGCGCUGAGGCUGGUGGCUUCAGCUCAGGGAGGAAAUGACAUCAGCCUGAACAACCUCAACCAAACCUUAGCUGCGCCCAAAUUUAGAGACACAGGCAGCCCUUUAGUAGGAAUUUCAAGCACCUCGACAGAUUCACACUGGGCAAUACGACCGGAUGAAAAAGGGAAGUUUGAGGGCAUCUUUGAGAGCUUGUCGCCUGUGAACGGCUUGCUGUCUGGUGAUAAAGUCAAGCCGGUUCUGAUCAACUCCAAACUCCCACUGGAUGUGUUGGGAAAGAUUUGGGAACUGAGCGACGUGGACAAAGAUGGACAGCUGGACAAAGAAGAAUUCACUGUGGUCAUGCAUCUGGUGUACCGAGCCAUGGACAAGGAGCCGGUCCCAGCGACCCUUCCUCCUUCCCUCAUUCCUCCCUCUAAGAGGAAGAAGUCCGCCGGCGCUCUGCCUGGCGCUGUGGCAGUCCUGCCUGCCCUGUCCGGCCUCGGAGCUGGUGCAAGUCCCCUCAAAGAGACUCUGCGAAGCACUCCCCCGCACGUCAACUCCUCUCCUCUGCUCAACACUACUCCACUCAGCACUGCGUCCUCCAUCAACCUCUCUCCCAAACACUCCUUUAAGUCGAACAAACCGGUGGCAGACAACUGGGUGGUUCCUGCUGCUGAUCGAAACAGGUACGAUGAGCUCUUCAAGAAAACGGACAUGGACAACGAUGGACUGGUCACAGGAAGCGAGGUCAUCGAGAUCUUCAUGCAGUCCAGUUUAUCGCAGACCAUGUUGGCGCAGAUAUGGGGUCUGGCUGAUACUAAGCAGACAGGGAAGCUGAAUCGGGAGCAGUUUUCUCUGGCCAUGUACCUGAUCCAGCAGAAGGUCAACAAAGGUGUGGACCCUCCUUCCAGUCUCACGUCGGACAUGAUCCCCCCCUCGGAGCGGAGCUCAAUGACGACGAGCUUGGUGGGGCUUAUGUCUGCUGCUGCGAGACCAGCAGUAGCUAAUGUUCGAGAUAGCGCAGGCUCAGCGGAGUUGACAGGCAUCAAAGAGCUGGAUGACCUCAGCAAGGAAAUCGCUCAGCUGCAGAGAGAGAAGUUCAUCCUGGAGCAUGAGAUCAGGGAGAAGGAGGAGGCCAUCAGACGGCAAAACACAGAAGUUCAAGAGAUGCAGGAAGAUCUGGACCGAGAGAACAGCAGCUUGCAUGACCUGGACUCCCAGAAGCAGGAUGCCCAGGAGCGCCUGGAGGAGAUGGACCAGCAGCGCUCCAGGCUGGAGGGGAUGGUCAACGACAUGAAGCAGAAGUGUCAGGAAGAGUCGCAGAAGAUUUCCUCCCUGCAGAGUCAGAUCCGCUCGCAGGAGUCCAAUCUCCGGAGCCAGGAGGAUGAAGUCAGCCGAACGAAGAGCGACCUCGGCCGCCUGCAGGACGAGGAGGCCCAGCUGGAGCAGAGUCUGCUCUCGGGUCGCGUCCAGCUGGACAGUAUCAUCAAGUCUCUCAAGAAAACGCAGGACGAGAUCAGCCAGGCUCGCAGCAAGCUGUCGCUGAUCCAGGAAAACCAGAAGGAGGUGACUAAGACCAUCGAGCAGUACAACGCCGCCAUCAACGAAAUUAACGGAGGAAAUCUCAGCAAGCUGCCGGAUAUAAGUGACUCCUUUGCUGAGCGGGAGAGCAGCGGUUUCAGAAGAGCGGACGAGUCUUUCAAGUCCAAGUUGGCUAUGUUCAACAACAGCAGCAGCAGCAGCAGCAGCAGCAACAACGACAGUGGCAGCGGCAGCGCAAAGGAGCGUCAAGCAGACCCCUUCCAGUCAGAAGACCCUUUCAAGUCGGACAUAUUUAAAGAUCCGUUCGGUGGCGAUCCGUUCAAAGAGAGUGAUCCCUUCAAGGGAGCUUCAUCAGAAGACUUUUUCAAGAGGACCGACAAGUCGGACCCAUUCGCGUCUUCCGACCCCUUCGGUAGAAGGCCAACUCCGCCAGCCAAGCCGGGUGCCUUCAACACUGGGGAUCUAUUUUCUUCAAGCAACCUUAAGUCCAAAGAUUCAGACCCGUUUGGGAGCAACUCUUACGGAGGCAAAGGCGGGUUCGCUGAUUUUAGUCAGAUGUCCAAGAAACCGGACCACCCAGUUCUUCCAUCAAAGAAAAAUAUCCCGAACCGUCCCGCUCCUCCAUACGGAUCCGAACCGGCGGAGUUUGGAAGUGAGACUCAGCAGCUGGAGUGGGCCAAGCGGGAGAGCCAGCGCGAGGAGGACGAGCGGCUGAGGAGGCUGCGGCUGCAGGAGCAGCAGGACCUGGAGCUGGCCAUCGCCCUGAGCAGAGCCGACAUGCCGGGCAGCUGACCAGGUCGGCCUCGCACCACACUGACCCCUCCUCAUCCUCAUCCUCAUCCUCCUCCUCAGACUCAUCACGGCCCCUGUUACCAAUUAGUGUCCGAGUCCAGCCGCCGCUGGACUCCAGUCAAUUGACUCCACAUUUAGCAGCUAGCUAGGGUUCACUGCCCCUCCACCACACGACAACUAUAAUCAUGGACAUUACGCAGCCACUUGAUCUGACUGCGGCUUGGUCCUGCAAGAACAUCGCGUUUAAACACAACUGGAACCAGCUGCAGACCCGACUCUCCAGCCUGGUCCAAAAACAAAGGCCUUUUAAAACCUUAACUCCAGACUCGUGCUCGAGGUGGUGCUGCGCUCCCCGAGUGGACUGCUUUUAACACUUCUGAUUCUACUGUAAAUACUGGAUUCUAACAGUUUUAUGAACAAAGUGCGUCUUAACUACCUGCAACAUGAUGUCAACGCUAAAACGUCGCCUGUUUAUUUAUGAUCUUCAAGUGCACCAGGUGAGUCAAGAGUCCUGCACUACAUUCACCUCCUCAUUCAUCCAUGAACUUCUAUUUUUUACUGCUUAACAGUCGCUAAUUUUGUUCGUGACGCUAAUCAAGUUUAUUUGGCACAUGAUGUAUUCGCCGCCGCGUUUUCCGUAUCAGCUUAUAAUCAUGAUCUUGCACACGUGAUCACCGAACAUGGAGGCUGCUCUCGAGCAUUAUUUUAAUAAAUAAAAGUGAUUUUAAAAUGUGCUUUCAAGCUACAUGCUGGUGUUAUUGACACAGUGAAAUGAUUUGGGGCGAAACUGGGUCAAAUGUGGAACAGAACUCAACUUCUGCUUCGAUAUCUGUAGCGAAGUGAGAGUGAUAGAUUUUUAUCUAGCGUUGCAGAUAUUUUUGACCCAGUAUUUGGUUCCUCUUUUUUGAUUCGACGGUUUCUAAGUAUCUGAAGACACGUGUCAGUUCUGAAAUUUAAACUUUCUGGAUUUUUUUUCCCCCCUCCUCCCCCUUAAAGCAGGGACUAUCUUGCCUCUGCUCGAUUCCCUCUGGACUGUGGGAGGAAAUCAGAGUGUUCAGAGGAAUCUGAGGCAAACUGGAGUUUCCUGGAGCUGGAUAGUUAACAUCUUGUUAGCGGUGGUCACAGGUGGGACGGAAACCCACAUUGUUAACGGAACUUUAGCGCCACCAGAUGGUGAUGCAGCUGUAAGAGUGGGCUGUGAUGGCGUACGCUUCCCUGACUGUGACACAUGGUGUCAGAAGUGGGAUGUCAAUUAUCUGAAAAGAUCCCCUGAGAUGAUGGAUUCAUGUGUUGUGACGGCCACGAAAACUAGUGAGUGUAGAAAGUCAGCUGUGAUAAUGGUUUAGCGGUGGUGAGGUGCUGAAGGAUUAAAGUGUGUAUUUUGUCGUCGCACUCAAGCGAUCAAUCAAACCUUUUUAUUUGGACUGAAUUUGUUGGCUCUUGUUGAUUCGACAGCUCAGUAGAGGGUUUGAAGCGAGUCGUCUCAGACAAAGUAGUGUAGUAGUUCGAGACUGGUGGGUUACUGUGUGUAAUUGUAGUAUUAAGAGUCUUUUGAUGUGCGACUAUAAUUUGCAGCCAUCAGAAGGACUUCCCUGAUGAGGGCUCGCCGUGCCCCCUCUGUCCAGACGGCUCCGGCUCGCUCUGUAAUUAUGGAAAUGGAGUGUUUGUAUUUAUAGGCUGAGCCCACAAGUGGCUGUCGUGCAGCUGCAAAACAUCUCGCUGGAAAUCAAGUGGCCCAUUUUCCUGCAGAUCAAAUCGACAAACCUGUAGAUUCGACUUAGCGCUACCGUGGUGACGCUGCACAGGGCUGCCGGCUGUCCAGGGCGCUCACUGUAGUGAGGGGAAGGAGGGAUGACGCAACACCGCCCAGUCGCCCGCCGAUCCUCGAAGCCUUUUGAGGGCCAUUUAUGAAGUCCUCGAGUUGAAGUCGGUGUGGUCGUUCACUUGGGUGUCGAAUUUAAAAUGUCCUUCAUGUGUCUAUGACUUUCAAGUGGAAAAACUAUUUAAUAAAAGUCAAUAUUUGUUCAAACAUCAAUUUAUAGGAUUAUGGUCUUGUAGUUUGUAAUUGAACUUUUCAGUGCUGUAUUUUAACAGUCAAUGCUCUUAAGACACAUCAUUAUUUUUUGUUUUUAUUAUUCUGCACUGAAGGUAUGACAAUUUUAAGAUUGAUUUAAACAUGCUAUUGGUUUAAGGUGGAUUUGAAUGGGGCUUUCAAUAUUGAAAUAAUUGAUCCUAAAUCUCCCAAUAUAAUCGAAACAAAUGUUUUCAUAUAGAAAGAUAAAUCAGUAAAGGAUAAAUGUCUGGGUUGCAUGUGCUGUCUUAACUUUAAUUUCAAGAGACAAGUCUGUUCUAACUGUUUGAGGCCUUUUUUUUUUACAUUGGUCACGUCUAAUGCCCCAUUGGCUGGCAACAUGCAGCUGCCAACUGUCUGUUAUUUAAUAUAACCUUUUGUUUUUUGCCAUUUCCUUUAGUGUAUUUUCUCUUGUAGUAUUUUUUCAUAUUUUGUCAUAUUUAACUAGUAUAUUUUUUUAAUCAUAUGCUGAUCUUUACAUUCCUUUUACAUUUGUUUAUACUUUUUUUUCCACAUCAGGACUUCAUAUCAUAUCUUAUCUUUUUAGCCUCUACAUAGCAUGUCUUUCCCCCAAUAAUACUUGAACUUAAUUGAUACAUAUUGCUACUAUUGAGCAGUAUUUGUGUUGUUGCAACUUCUCUUGUGUGUAUUUCACAUUUCUUUCUCUGGAAUUUAUCAAGGUAAAAGGUAAUUUAAGUGUUAAAAUGGCAUUCAUUUAGAGUCAAUCAUCCACCAUGUUAUGCUUAAUUCUUGUGUGUGAACUGCAAAUAUAAAGUGUUCUUCUGAAGUAAAACCAUGACAGACAAAUCACCAAGUUUGAUUUUGUUUAAUAUUUACAAUAAAUACACAUCUUACAGUAUAAAAUACAUGUCCAUAAUUAUAUAAAUUUAGGUAGAAAAUAAUGCACAGGACAUCAAGCCCUGAUAGUGUACAGAUGAUCUGCAUCGGGUUCACAACGAUAAAAAUAAAGGCAGUUUUCGGUAAAAACAUUGUCUUUGCACACGUCGGGCAGCUGUAUGUGCAUAUUUCACUCCUGUCAAUCAGAACAUGUGGAAUGGAGUCGUUCCGUCUCAAAGAGUUACAGUAGCAGAGUCAUCCGAGGCACUUCAUGUGUCAAACACACGGAUCCAGUUUUGUCAUUGGAGGAACGGGGCCAGCCCCCGGUGUGAAGCGAGUACAGCUUUUCUAAAGCUUCUUCCACAACAAAUACAUAUAGCCAAAGUAGUACCAGCUACAUUACUGGGUAACAAUUUAGAAUGAGGUUUGCGUCACUUAGAAACGAGUUCCGGUGGCUCGCUCAACAGUCCUUCUGUGGGAUCCCCAGUGCUGUUUGUGAGCGUGUCGUAAAUGACGCUCAAGAGGUCCCUGUGGUGAGAAUCCUUCAUCGUUCCCAACAUGGCUUUGGUAACAGUCUUGAGCGCGGCUCGUUUGUAAGUGCUCAGGAAUGAAUCCAGGUGACUCAUGUCGCGUGACUUGAGGCCCAGAUUAGCUGAUGAUGAAAAGUAUUUGACAAACCUGUUGAUUCAAGUGUGUCACUGCUCUGCGUCACCUGUUGCGACACUUGUAUGUGAUGGUUGUAGCAAACCUCAUUGUAAAGUGUUACCAUGAAUAUUAACGAUUUUGUUCAAUAUUAUAUUUAUAUAUAUAUAUAAAAUGGCUUUGGUCACCUUUAAAUAAAAAAAAAUAAAAUGCAGUUCGUUCACAUGUGUCGCUUCAUGUGAAGCGCCAAAUGGUCCGAGCGUGAAAAGGCGCGCUCGCACAGGUGACACUGGAACGGCCUGUGUCCGGUGUGCUUCCGGAAGUGACGUGUCAACUCGUCCGAGCGCGCGAACUUCCACCCGCAUCCUUCCCAGCUGCAGUGAUAUGGCUUCUCACCUGGAGGAGAGAGGAGAGAUGAGUGACGUGGAACGGUGGGAGCUGGCGCGCAUGCGCGCAGGUGCGGAGAACUUACCGGUGUGAGUCCGCAGGUGCGCCUUCAAGUGCGAACUUUUCGUGUAGGUUUUCCCGCAGCCAGCGAAGGUGCAGGUGUGCGUGGCGGUGCGCUUGCGCGGCCAGGUUCGGCGCCCUCUUUUGGGCUUGGACUCCAGCAGCUCCAGCGGGGAGGAGGGCGGGGUGAGCAUCACUCUCUGCGGCUGCAGGUUCACUGCCUCGUCGUACAUGCCGAAGGCUCCGUGGGGGGCGGCGUGAUACGUCAUCUGCAUGUGCGGAGCCUGAGGAUGGUGCGGGAAGGCCGGCGUGGGGUGGUACUUCUGCUGGAAGUGGCACAUCUGGGCCUGACAGUCCGACACGCCUUGGUCGUCCGGGCUGAGCGGCGGCGUCAUGUUGCUGGCUGCCCGCGGAGAGAUGGCCACUCGGGGCUGCUCGAAGCUCAGCAUGCACGAAACGUUCCCCUCCUGCUUGAUCUUGCUGCAGCUCUGCGGCACCAUUCCCAUAACCGGUCCGUAAGUGUCCAUGGCGGGCUCCACUUUGAUGUCCUGGCGCGGGAAGUGGUCGAGGAAAACUCGCCCCUGGACGUUGCGCGUAAAGCUGUCGCCUCCAUCGGCGCGCAUGAGUUCGGUCAUGAGGCUGGCGCCGUAGGGCGGCGGCGGGGACCGGUGCUCCUCGCUGGGGAAGGCGGCUGCUGCUGCUGCUGCUGCUGCACCGCUGGGGUACAUGCUGCUGUGCUCCGCGGGGCCCACGUAAGCCGCCGCGCCGUCCGACCCGCUCGUGUUGGCCAGGAUAAAGUCCAGAUCCAAGUAGUUGCUCAGAUCCUCGUCGUCUUUCUUGCCGUCCAGGCUGUGCACCAUCUCGAGCAUGGAGCAGCUCCCGGUGACCAGUUUGUCCAUGUCACCUUUCCACCUCUGCGGAAGCAAAGAAAUCAGUCAGAACAAAGAUCAACCAUCGCGAGUCGCCUCGGCGCAACAGGUGGAUCCCACUGCGCCGCAACUUUACGCACACAACUUCAAGCCCGCGCCUCAACUUACAUGCUCCCAAGUCUUCUCUCUCUGCGCUGUAAACGUAGAAAAGGAGGGAAGCAUCACUCCGGAUAAAGCCAUCGUUGGAUAGGUCGUGAAGUUUCGGGGAGAUUCGAGCGGCUCAGUUGGCAGUGGCCGCUCCGCUGCUGCUGCGCGUCUGAGACAUAAAACCAGCUGACAGUGGGAAGCGGUUCCUUUUAAACCGGAGUGGAAGUCCUCCGGCCAAUUGUGAGAGCUCAGGAAACCACGUCGCUUCUGGUAAAAUUAGCUCUUUAUAAAGCCAGUCCAGCAGCCAGCGCAGCUCAGAUGUGAGGGCUGCCGCGGCGCUCUUGGCUCCUAUAAAGCGCGGCUCCUCCUCGGACCGUGACGCAAGACACCGCGGGGACGUCCCAUCGGAAAAAAACGCCGCGGCUGCCUAUAGAAACGAGGAUUACGCAAUGAGCUGACGAGUCCAGUGACAGAAACUGAUAAUACAGGCUCGCUCACAGGACACAGUUACUCACGAGCAACUGUAAGUUUCAGAGUGAGAUGUUCAAGUUGUACCACUGCUGCUAGUAACAUACUCUCACCUGCAUUCACGGGAACUAACGCCACCUAAAUAGUGACGAACGUUGUGCUAUUACUUUUCUUUCGCAUUAUUUUUUGAUUAAUUUGCCAUUUUUUAACGAAGUGUUAUUGCUCCAAUAUACUAUCAAAAACAAAACAAAUCAGAAUUAACCCCCAAUACUGCUACUACUACUACUAAUAAUAAUAAUAGAGUCACUAUUAUCCCCUUUUAAGGUUUAAUAAUUGUAUGAUUUUGUUUAAUACUUACAAUAAAUGGGUGUCUUUUAUGAUGUAUUCGCGGUAGAAAACAAUGCCCAAGACAUCAAGCCCUGAUUUUUUUUUUAAAUGUGACGUUAUAGUGAAUAAUAAUUGUAAACAAAAACCCACGUUUUCUGUGAAUAAAAGUAUAAUUAAUAAGCAACAGGACUUCAAAUGCCUGCCAGUUAUUUGGGGGGUUGAUGAUGCAUUGCUCAACCAUUUCGCGUGCUGUGUUGUUCGUGGACUGUCGGAUUUAUAGUUAGAUAUUUUGGUCUGGUUUUGUCUCGAAUUAAAACGCCAAGCUGAACAAAACGCCGCUGUGUACAUGUUGCCGCGUCUGUCCUGGAUGUGCGUCGCGUUGUGGGCUCCUCGGGUCUUGAUCGGGGUCCGUCGCUUUCGGCUCAUUAUCAUUAAUGGAGCGGUGUUUUGUUGAGACGCAGCGGGCUUGUCUAAACAGGCGCCAGGCUCGUCUCCAAAGCGGCUUUCACGCGCGGUCCCGCGCUGGUGUCAACACGCUUCGGGUUCUCUGCCCAUUCAGGUGCAAAUGCUCGACGAGGGGCCUUCAGUGGCGGCUGCCUCCUCCAUUUACAUCACAACCUGGAAUGACAGGGCAGGUUCGCGCGGUGACGUCACGGUGACUGGCUCCCGGGGUCAUGAGGGCACAGGUCUGCGGAGUCACUGGGCCCAAUAAAACUCUGAUAAAGAACAAUAUCAGCAUAAUUAAAGACCGAUAUUCGGUUAUUUAUUGAUUUAUUUGUGGACUGGCAAUGAACACUGUAUCUAAAUAAAUAUAUGACCCCGAUUAAUGUCAUUAUCACACUCCUGUUAGGGUUGAAAUUAAAAUCAUCUUAAUGAUAGUGAACAAAAUUAAGGUGCUAAUUUGAGCUUUAAAUGGAUUAAACUUCAAGGUUUGAGCAAAGAUUUGAGAUUUUUUUUUAGCUUUAUGCAAGUGACAAGCACUCUAGCUCCUUUUUAUUCACUCGUUCAACAAGUAUGAGGUAAACUAGUUAACAGGUUAAAAAAUGUCAUUGCAACAUAAAGGAUCUUAACUCAAAAAUAAUACUUUCAGAAGCAUUUUACUACUGUCAUUAGCGCUAAGCUAGCACCUCUUCAAAUGCGCUGUGAACAGGUGGCGCAAAGAGAUACGUUUAUUUCGGUGUGCUCUAACUUCACGCUAAACUUCGAAAAGGUUGUUCUGUACCGAAGUAUCGGCCCUUGACUCUCAUUAAGAACAUGAAGUCUUAGUUCAGAUGAGUGACUCACCUGUUUGUGGGCGAUGAUCUCGGCCCCAGAUAUCCAGUAAUAUCAGCCAAGCGUGUCGCACUUCCUGGCUCAGUUUGUAGCCAUAGUCAGGUUUGUUUUAUCCUGUGUUUGUAACUUUCCAUAUGAGUAGUCUGGUGACUUAAAACUGAUGGUCAUCUAUGAUGGAUUUCGCUGCAGGUUGAGCCUGUGUUAGUUUAGCUUCAGACACAGAACUCACCGGUCAUCACUGGGCUUUAACAAAUACACGAUUUAACACACAAAAACAUGGCACACUGGGCAAGUGUUUGCGCAGCGAUCACACGUGGAUGUGGCAUAAACAAGGCGGGAUGCUGGAGGGUGAGUGAGGUGGCUUACUGACGCUGCGUCAGCACCCAUGACUCUCGCGAAAAGUGAACCCUGACAUUGCAAACAAUGUGCUACUGCUCUUCACAACAGUGGCCAUGUUUGUUAUGUCGCAGGAGCGGUCUAGAUUAUUGGAGUGUCUGAAUGGUAGAAAGUUGUGUAUUAGUGGAAAAAAUAGCUGCCAAAUCUUGAGUCAUGACAUGGAGUCAUGGCGCUGUUAACGUAUCCCCAAAACAUGUCAGAUGUUUUCUAUGACGUGUUAAACUCGGAGUCAAAACAUCACCAAUCAUUGUUCUUUCAGACCUGUUUAGAAAACAUAUCUAUUGUUGUCCCCCUCGGUCAUGUGACCGCUUCCUUUUGAGCGGGUCUGAGCAAACAGAGAUGAGCCUGACAGACGCGCAGGUCAGCGCUCGCUGAGUCCACCUUCUCCAGCUGUGAGCGCCUCACAUCCUGAGCCCUGAUGUCAGUGGAAAGUGCGUCACUCGGCGGGGAUGAGCUUUAACCGCUGCCCUGCUGACCGCCGACCCCAGAGUUCCCCCUUCACACUCACCCUUUCACAACCAGAGUACUAUUCUGUUGUACUCUGUGUCAGAUAUCACAACAGGAUAUUGAACCUCCAGUGAAUUUCUCUGCUUCUGCUUUUGGUCGCUCAACCUCAGAUUAUCUGUCCUUUCAUGGAAAGGAUGAUGCAGAUAAAGUAAUCUUUCAUUGAUUUUAACAUUUCAAUAUUGAGCGCCCUAAAACAAAAGAUUUUUUUAGGAAUUAUCCCACUGAUUUGUUUUAUUUUUGUUUUUUCUCCCUGUUAUUUUUUCUUUAAAACCUUUUAAAUCGCACAAUAAAAAGAUUGAAUAGCAAGGUUUUUUUUUUUUUUUUUUAUAAUUUUUCCCCUUGGAUUAAGUUGGUAAUUUUGAGUUAAAUGGUCUCGGUGGAAGCCUCGGAGCGGACCCAGGACUAGCUAGAGAGCUCCUAAAGUCACUGCCGUUUGAGCCACUGCUCUUGCAUGGAGAAUAUUCUUUCACCUGCAACCUUCUCCGUAUGAUGUAAUCCUCCCAGUGUCCCAAAAAUACUGCAUGUUUGAAGGCUUGUAUUGAGUAACUUGGGUUUCUUGUGACGUACGCAGCGUAGUCCAUGACUUGGUGGCAUGUCAUGAUUUACGACAGACGUGGACCUGUCAGGGCGCUUUUCGCACUUGAAUAGGCGGGAUUCAUGUCCGAGUGCUGGCAGAGGUUGCUGGCACGACGCCUCUUUCCCCCGCGAGGCUCGCCCGCUCAAUGGCCUGAUGUUGAGGAGAAAGGACAGGUCUGUGUUGCGCUCUGUGCCGUCACUUCCCGUGGAGAAGUGUGCGUACCCUCAGAGAGAAUUUUAUUUACGCAAAUUGGGUGAGUGUUCGGGGCGAGGGCGCGCAGCGGGUCCGAGUGAAAAAGAUUUGUCACAAGCGCAUUAAGUGCAAUUUCAUUAACCCCUUUAGGGAGCCGACGACCUCUGCGGGGGAGAGGUCAGAGGUCAGGCACGGGACAAACACCUCGGAGGUUGUAACGGAUUGGAUGUCGUCCUCAGAUUCUUGACCUUGUGAACCUGUUGAAGAAGUUAAACACUUUGAACUUAAAUCAUUAUUUGAGCCUCAGAUGAAGACAAAUCUGCCUAGUGACAGUGAACAGCACUCUGUCAAACACACCUCACUGUCGCGCGAUAUAUAUAUGAUAUAUUAUAUUAUUUUUUAAAUAUAUUUUAUGUCAACAUUUACUGUAUUCUUUUUUGUUUGUUUUUUUUCUUCUACUGUUACAUUUUGGACUCCGUUUAACAUGACCUUUAAGGGAGAAGUAUUUGUUUCCUGGCAGCAUCUUUUUUUUCCGAUGAUGAAUUUCCCUUUUUUUUUUUAACUCAGUAAGGUUUGUUUCUUUUCAUUUUUUUCCGUGGCUGUUGUUAGACUACAUUUUAUUAUUAUACAUUUCAUUUAUUAUUUUUUUCAGGAGAACUUCUUUCUUUCUUUCUUUCUAAUGAGAAUAUUAUUAUUAUUGCAACUCUUUCCGCUAUUAAAGUGAAAAAGCCACCGUUUUCUUUCUAAUAUUGGGGCCUAUUAUGAACCGUUUUUACCUGGACUUUUCCUUUUCACUCACUUAUCCCACCGCUCCUGCCAGCAUAUAAAGUGUUUUCAAAACUUUCAUCAGCAUUCACCCAAACAUUUCUCACAACCACUCCGGCUCCUUUAAGACGAUCCUGUCUUGGUUUUCCACAUGACACAUGCCUCCCAGCAGAAAACAGAACUGGGCGAACAGUGAGAAUAAAAAUGUUCUCUGAAACAUCUUCCUCGGAAUUGAGACUUGCACAAUGCUUUCACCCGCGGUGGACGGCGAUUGUGGCGAGCUGGCGCUCACAUCAACACACUGUCACUUUGCUACCGACUCAUGAAGCUGCUGACGUGUUCUGUCAACACGUGGAGACAGUGGAUCGGAGAGAUAUGUUGUUUUCACAGCGAGCUCUUCUCGCAAACCUUCCCACGCUGGAAAGGCUGUCAGUGAUUCGUGUGUAACAGUCGGUGCUGUAUCAUGGGACGCCUCACUCUCUCCAUGAUCAAACCGCCUGUCAUUAACGCUGAUACGUUGUUUACAUUGCAUCACGUCUGUCGAGUGUUCCGUCACGGCGGUGAGGAUCUGGCGCUCCGACUCGUGGCACGGAAAAACAGCGUGUAGGUGCGAGAUGCAGCGGCGAGGCCUCGGGCCGGACUGUGCCAGAGUGGGACUGUGCCUGCGCUUAUAUAGCCCGGUUAUUUUUAACCGCCCGCCCUUCACUCAUUACAGCGCUUCCCCUCUCUCGGACCACUCAGGAAGCACGCUUGGCUCCCCUUCCUGCUCGCGCGAGGCCAGAUUCCAGCAGAAUCAAAGAAUGAUAGCAUUCAUCCCCCCCGCCCCUCGACCCCCGUCUCUUAAAAGAGGUGCAGAGAAAUGUUGAGCAGAGGAGGCUGGCACGUGUGUGGCAUGGGCCCCAGUUCCAGCGGCGGGCAGGAGCUGCUGAGGUGAAAGAGACGCGCCGUCAUUAGCAUCACCAAAGGGCAGUUGAGUUUCACUGUUGAUGGUAACAGUCCGCAAACGUAUGCAGCAGGUAAUUACCCCAGCUGAUUUGAAUAAUGCGCCGCCGCCGCAUGACAAGGCCGCCUUGUUUACCAGGUUAGGAUGAAAGGCCUUAUGACAGAUAAGACGGCAUCAGUUGGGGCUCACAGGGGAGUCACUCAGAAGUUCAAACCCCGUCUCAUACGCUCGGUGAGCUUCCGUGACGUCAACACACCUCUGAUCUUCAUCAUCCUCUGCUCUCGGAUCACUGUCUGGCUCGCUGCUGCAAAGUUAGCUUGAAGUGCAUCGUUCGUUUCGAUGGGAAACCUGAACGUUCCGGUCCAAAUCUCCUGAACUUUAUCUGUACUGAGGGGGACUGGGCUGUGGGAGGAAAGCUGAGUGCCUAGAGGAACACUAAACUCCACACAGAAAGAGCUUGGUUCACUCCAAACUCAGAGUUGCCGUCAGCUGAACCGUCUUGCUCCGCUCAGAGUCUCUGGCUCUGGAAGAGCUGGACAUUAGAAUCUUUUUGAUCUGAACAUUUUAAAGCCCACUCUUGUGCUCAGGUGUCUUCAGGUGCAAUACGGCUCAAGUGGCAAGAACCCACUCUGCAUCAGGGCUGAAAAAUCAAGGCUCAGUGUGGAAUAACUUAAGUUAACUUUUGACAUAAGAUAAGAUAGACUUUAUUGAUAUCACCAAGGAGAAAGAGUUAGUGCAAGAUACAGGUAGUCAUCUCAACAUAUUUACUAAUAUGCUAUAUAAAAAUAUACAGUAUAAAUUCAGAUAAAAUGUUAAACUAAGGAAAAACAUGUUUAAAAUUGUUUUAAAUAUUUUUAAAUCAAUAAACCAAAAAAGAGCAUCUUGCAGUGGAAUGGAAUAUUCAUUAUUUUGAGGCUGAAAGUCAAAUUUGUCUCCCCUUGUCUGCUGGUUGUAAACCUGUUUAAUUGCCUCCACAUGCAUCAGAGAGGUUGCGAACAGGGACUCCACGCUGCGCUCAGCAGCACCUCGCUCUUAAAAAGCCCGUGUCUGGCUUCCACACAACCCCAACGUGUCCUGACAACUAACAUUGCAAGUGUGAUGGAAACCCACCUUAUAAAAAUAUGCAGCUCCUUCUGGCCAGCGUGGAGAGAAUAACAGCUCCAUGUGGAUAUAAUUGAGCCGGAGCAGGGGGGGAUGGGCCCCAAUUUAUUAGCUGUUAACAGCAGGAAUGAUACCGGUCCCACUCAAGGCACCGCACACACGCUCAGGGAGGCAAGACCUGGCUGUGAAAAUGUUGUUUCUUUCUCUCUGGAGUGUGAAGAAGGCUUUUUAUUUGAUGACUGCUCAGAGGACCCCACAUUCUCAGAGUGGACACCUGAUAUUUCACAGUUGGCAAAGUGCACUGUGAGGAGCUUCGCUCGCGCUCAAAUAUAGAGCGAUGGUGAAAUGAUGAGAGAAUAAGACGGAUAGAGAUUACAAGAGGUGAUAUCACCGUCACUUCUGGACUGUAGAGCAAUGUCUCAGGGGAAAAUAGCUUUUGUUUGGACAUAAGCCUUGUGUGUCCGACUCACCUUCAUGUAAAUAAAACACCUGCGAUUUCAUCGGUUUAAUGUCAUGAGUUUCUUGGCACCAUGAAGCUGUAUGUGAGUCGCGUUUUUCAGACAUAGAUUUCAGGUUGUCAGAAAUAAGUAGCGGUUUAAAGUCUGGAAUUUAUGGUAGGUAAAAUACGGGGAAAGGAAAGUUCCAUUUAAUAAGUCACAUUAUUUGGUUUGGACAUGAAUUACGGGUCGGAUAUUCAGUUUUGCUAUGAGGUCAAAUGUCAAAAUAAUAAUGAGAUGGUUAUUCUAAAAAAAAAAGACACGUAUUCAAUUAUCACAGAAAUACUGGGAGGAAAAAUUGGGAUGAACAUUUAGGAAAGUAAUCUGAAAGUCAAAACACUGAAAGUGUUGAAGCUCAAAAUAAUAAUCACUGAAAAAGUCGAGAUGGUUAGUAAAAAAAGAAAUUUCCCUCCAGAACGUUCCGUCAAUAAGUCAUCAUCGUGUGGUAAUAUAAGAAAGGUGGCGAUGAUUCAGGAGUGUGACCCUGAGAGCCUCUGCUGUGGAGCAACGGCAGAUGGUGUUUUUAGAUUGGAUUGCCUUUAUUUUACACUCUGCUUGGCUUUUUACAGCUCCUUAACCAAACACCUCCCUCAACAUAAGUCUUAAUCGUCAUGUUUGUAGUUUGCGUCUAUGUUAGCAUAAGUGCUAAAUGGGCUAAAUGUCAAAAUGAAUUGAGUUUUUCUUAAAAAUGGCUGCUGAAAAACUGCUUUUUUUCACUGAUUUGUAUUAACAUUUAAAGAGAAUUUACAGCAGCAAUGACUCGCAAGAAGAAGGCGAAAUAACAGCUGUAACCAGAAAAAAUGGACCAUGUAGGGUUUGAUUUUCCGAAUCAAACUGAAUGGAAUUAUGAUCACCUUCCGGUGAAGAAUGCUACUUUCGCUAAUGUAACCGAGGUACAGAACUUGAUGGUUGUCUAAAUAAGCGUGAGAUAAAAAGGAACCUCUUGAAUGGAGCUGUUAACCUCGCGCUGUCCCAACACACACACACACACGCGUGUGUGUGGGGUUCAAAGAUCCAUCACGGUGGAUAAUGUGACGGACGAGAGCGCAAACGUUUGCACGGCGGGUUGUCCGUCCAAAGAUUGUUCAGUCAUGACAACAACACUGUAUGCAGCCCUCAUUGCCGGGCUUGUGUUUUCUCCUGGCUGCCUUCGACAGCCUCGGACUUGUGCGCAUUUGAACAUGCCGAACUAAACUGUGCCAGCUGUUCAAAUAGCAUAACCCCGGCUUCGACACAGGUUCCCCAUUGAAGCGGAGCCGGGCUUGAUUGAGCGAUCCAGCCUGCAGUGCACUUUAUAGUGUACACACCUCCAAAUGGCGACAUUUGUAAAGCGGCUAAUAAAAACAUUCCUCCGGCAGGAAUGCUCCAGGUAUUUCCUCUGCUACACCUGGUUACGAUUCCUUGAGUGCAGUGGUCUGUUUUCACAGAACCGCGCUUGUCAGAGUGUGGAUAUUGAUCCUGUCGCCCUCGGUGGUGCUGUGUUUUGCCCAGUGGAGGACAGUGAAAACGCGUCUCUUUAGAGGGCCCCAGUUCAUGAAGCCACCGUUCAAACACCACCGCUGCGUUGUCAUGUACAUCAGAUGACCGAUUACAGAACUCCAAUACAGCUUCAUUUACACGUGACCGGCACUUUUGGAUUGAAGGGGAACGGGUCUCUCCGUCUCCUUUGACCUGCUUUUGGUGGAUUAUAGAGGCAGGACUAGUUCCGCUGAUGAGUCAAGCAAUUUCUUACUCAACAUUAUUCUGUGGAAGAGGGAAGAGCCCUAACGUCAUGUGACUUAUGACCCCUGUGGCCCCUGUCAGCUCCAUCACAGACUGUUAUUUCAGCGGAUUUAAGUUCAAUACCAACCUUCAGGCCACCGUUACUUAAGAGAUGAACACAAAGGGAGUGCAGACCUCAGCCAAGCAGCUCAGUGCCACCAUUAUGUUCACAGAUGGAUGGAUGGAUGAUGGAUCUAUCCAUCUAUCUAUCUAAAACAAUGUAGCUGCUGCCCUUCGCUGAGGCUCCUUUGAUCUUUUUGAAAGUCGUCAUUUAUAGCUCAGUCUUAAUAGUCUCCAAAGAGGAUGUUUGUUGCUGAGACUGCUGCUGCCUUCCAGUGAUGUUGGUGUAUCAGAUGGUCUCGGGGGCGAACACAGAUGAUGACUACAGUAUAAGAAUAUAUUUUUAUUUACUCUGACAUUCAGGUCUUCAGUCAGUAUCUGCAUUGUGAUGCACUUGAACAAGAACAGAAGUACAAACCAAAGGUCGAGAAGAUGAAAGUUGUGGCUCAGUGAGGUUGGAGCAAAAUAGCUUCCAGUGUUGACAGCAAAACGUAAUGAAUAUCACUGUCUUACUUAAUUUAACUGACUUAAAGUACUUUCAAUCCGACGUGAGUUGUGGAGUUGGCAAGCCUCGAACGCACUUCGAGGUCCGAGGUCCUACACUUGGUUUAAACCGGGCUCCUGUUUAGUGUAAAUAUCAAAGUUAAAUUGGCUAAUAUUAUUCUAUACCUAGCACUGAUAUUUAUGGACAUCCACCAUGUGUUCACUUGCUUUGAUGUUUAGCUACACGCUUGGAUGUCAGGUGGCUGUCGUACAACAAAGACCCGACCGAGGAUAAUCACUGUUUAUCUUUCACACUUCAUCCCAUAAUGUGCUUGUGUGUGCAGAGUUGAGAUGAAGCUCACAUACGCGUGUGAGACUGUCUCAUGCUUCAGAGCCAUAAUCGAAUUCUGAAAGCUAUUUUUCCCCCGGAAAAACCUUAGUGUCGUUGCAGAAGGCUCAACUGUCACGUGACCCCAGCACUUGCAGCGUCUCCCCAAACAUGUUAAGAUGAUACAUCGGACGUUCAUCUGCGCUGCUCCAGUGGGAGGUCAGAAGUUCGUCUUGUGGAGGGUGUUCCAUUCUGGGGGUGUUUCCCAGGCACUUCCAGCUUGGUGGAUAUCCCAGAGGCCGACUUAUCUACGACCACUGUUGGACCAGAUACUUCCACCCUCCCGCCCCGUUCACACUCUCAACUGUGAGUUUUAACACCAGUGACUUCAGACCUUCAAGAAGAAUCUUUGGUUUGUGAAUUGCGCGACAUGAUUUUAGCUUCUCAGUUGGACAGCAACGUUCCCAGGUGACUAACUGACUCUUGUCCUGGGGCUGACGAUACAUGGCGACGUUUUUAAAACGGUGUCACAGCAGCAGGGAGAGAUAGUAAAAUCCAUCUUGAGAUCAGGAAGCAUCAGGAGUUCGCCUUCAAGCUUUCCUGCUCUCGACCAGUCAAUCAGUCACCAGUCUGUGGCACUGGAGGGUCAGACAGGUUCUUCUGCACAUCUCAGAUGCUAUCUCAAAGGAGAGCUGGGACAUUAACCUGGAGUCAAACUGCCAUAAAACACCCCCAGUUUUGGAUCGGGGGAGGAGUGAGAAAGACACUGACGGAUGGUUUCUGCUGUCGGUAUCAGGUGUGGAAGUCGUCUGACUGAAUGUGAGAGACCAUCAUUUGAUCGAGCAACUGAAUCGGAUCGUGGACAGUUGAACAGUUGAAGGGUGUGUUCAGGUGCGGCAGCGCUAUCUGCCAUUGAGUAAUAUUGAUUAUGGGGUUCGGUUGAUCAACGGCAGAGGAAAUGCGGCCGAAACACAAACGAGAUCCGGUGCUUAUCGCCCGUAUCGGCACACGAAGCCGUCCGAUUCUGAUGUGUCACGCUUUCGCUCUGAGCCCGCUGACAGGAACCGAUUGUUAUUGAGUGGUUUUGGUUUGCCAGGUGGACCCCUGACACGUCGCAAAUCACUACUGGUAAACAAUAUUCCGUUUGUCGUGUGUGAAGUGUGACACCUCAGAGGAGAAGUGGUUUGCUGAGCGGCAGCUCGGUUUCCUCCCCAGCUUUCAGCAGUUUCUCUGUGGCGAGGCGUGAGCUGAUCAUGAAACCUGAUUGCCUGCUCGCUGCUCACAAAUGCGUCUUGCAUUUGCUCGCUAAUUUCCUUCACUUGAACUGAAAUAAAGUACUAGAGAACUAGAGUAUGAAGCUCCAGUCUGACUCAGUCUAAGUUGUGGGCCAAACGUGUGUAUAUUAAUGGGAAGUAAUGGUGGAAACCGUGGAACAUAUAUAUAUAGAUAUACACCGUAAUUUCUGGACUAGAAGCUGCUUUUUUUUCUCGUGGUGUGAGCCCUGCGGCUUAUACAACAGCGCGGCUAAUAUAUGAAUUUUUACAGGCUGAAAUCAGAUUAAAUCAGAGGCUUUUUAUUUACCAUUUAAGCUCUCAAAAUGCCUGCGUGUCCACACUUCCGUCAACAGAGUGGAUCUCCUGGAGGUCUGGAAUCGAGAAGCAGCCGCUGAGACCGGCAGUGGUGUCGGAACUUUGGACACGCGGGCAAAAACAGUGCAUUUUGAGGGCUUUAAUGUGAAUAAAAGAUGUGGCUGAAACCCCUAAGGCCUUGUAGUUGAUGCCAACCAAUACAGGUUGAACUGGAAGUUCACUGGGCUGCAACACAACAUCUGUGGAGGCUGAGUUCUUGUUCUGGCUGUGUGUCCAGGUUGGUGCCAAGUGGCCUCAGACAGAAGUGCUCCCUGAAUGACUGGUUCCGUUCAUGCCUGCAAGUCUGCUUGUGUGCAGAGGUCAAUUGAACUUCAUCCCUUUUUCACCCGCAUUUCAAAACACGUUGACUUUCAUUGGUGCCCCUUCAGAUGCAGCGAAUUCCCCCUGAAGGUCUGAAAGGAGUCAGACUCCACAGCCGCAAACCUAAUUGAUUUAUUUAGUCCACCUGGCUUCAAUAAACGGCUCCACGGCGCAGGUUGCUGGUCCAUUUAACACUUGAGCUGAGGUAUAAUUACCCCACAGUAAUGACCUCACCCGACUGGUUCACUUCAAACCCCCGUCCCUGCCGCGCUCUUUAAUAACCUGUAUCUCUCGGAUCAUCUGCGUGUCCCCUCUCACGUCCUGUGUGGGGGCGCGCCGUUGGUCCUGUGUUUUGGCGAGUGGGCUGGUUCUCAUCACGGCUCACAUGUUGACUGAGGCCUGAACUGCCUGCCAGGGCGAAACUCAAUAUGAAUAUUUACAGCUGGGAAAACGUUAUUAUUAGUUCUGUGUCUUAUACCAGCGGAGUCUUCAUCCAGCUGCUCCUGAGUAUGUGGUCCCCUUCAGUGUGGACCCAUUCCAACGUGCAGCCUCACAUCUAGCAGGCUUCUUUAAGGAGUCAAAGGUCAAAGUGGCUGCUGUCCAGAAGCCCUCCACCCUCUUGACCUUGACUGACCACGCACAGAGGGCUGAGCUCCCCUGGAGCGCUCAUUUUCGGCUCAUCUGUCAGAGGCCCCGCUGGCCGCCUGUUGUCCUCGGGGCUGCUGACUUUAACUCCUCCGAUAAUGACACCCAGCUCAAUUCAUCCCCUGCUUGUUUUCCAGCUCGCACGGCCGCCGGCGUGCCCGGGCACUUCGCCCCAGCAGGACAGGUCGUGUACUUCAACCUGUGGCGGACAAAGAGGAUAAACACGGCUGAUCCGUGAAUGGAUGUGCGCUCAUUUGGAAGGAGAGCCCUGCAGCGCAGCGUGAUAGCGCCUCGACGCAGGUGCGCUGUUUCACCUGAGGCGCGCGGUGGAGGAGAAUAAGCUUCUGCUAAUCCGCCUGCAUGGCUCUUUAUGCAAGUCAGGCAUUCUUUUGUUAAAUGGAGCGUCGUUAACUGGCUCUCUAAUUUGUUCAAGAAUGUUUCCCGACGUCGCCGUUGAGGGUUUUUUCCACUGGAUUUUGUUGUAGAAGGAGUUUGAUGACGGAACGUGGGGUGAACCAAAACUUGGUAUCUCCUGGAAAGUUUCUCGUCGUGAUUUAUGUGUUGACAUAAAUCAUUGUCUGACAGUUGGCAGCAGCUCGUGCUUCUCACAUUUAUAGGUCACAGUUGGCGGCCGCCGCUUUUUGUCUGCCAAACGGGAGUGGAAGUAGUGUUGUACUUGAGACCAAGUAGACACUGAGGGCGGUUUCACACUGCGGGUUCUGUCUCGGGUGGCCUGAGUCUGAUUCGUCCCCUCUGCACCUCAGGCGAUGUCCCUUGUUUUCCUCCUCAGUUUGCGGCGCUCUGCACAAAACAGUUGGUUUUUGACCCACGAUGAAGCACGUCUCAAGGAAGUCGCCAUCAGCCGGGCGACAACCGAGUUACCACCAUCGACUUAUUUCUCUGUCACUUCUUAGCUCUACAAGUCGUCCUCGCCUCAGAUAUGAACUGAUGACGGAGCUCCGCCUUGGCUGUAACAGAAUGUGGCGUUUCACAGCCAAAACUAAACAUGAUACAGUCUUGUCAUGUUUAUUUUACAAGGAAAUAGCAGAAACAAGCGGCGUAAUACGGAGCAAAAGUGAGAGAGAUUACUGACUGUUUGGUUUCUCCCCCUCAUUGGUCUUGACUCGGUCUCGGGCCUCGAUGCUUUCAGUGCCACGGUACUCGGCAACACUUUUAACUAACCAAUUUAAAAGCCGCAACUGUGAAUGAAACAUGGCUUAAAUCUACAUUUUUGCAAGAUUCAUGUAUUCAUGUCGCAGUUGUCGUUCAUAUAGUCUAGUGAGACACUUCCAGUCUGUGAAAACUGAAAGUGCAAAUUACAUUCAGUCUUGCUUCACUUCGUCCAAGUGGAGAUGUUUCAAGUGCCUUCAAGGUCCCAUGAACACUGACUCUUAAACCUCAGUGAUGCGAAAUUGACUCCAGGGGCUGAGUUUUAUUCCCUUGGCAUUUGGCUGUCCGAUACCAAACCUGACGCCGUGCCAGUCGCCAGAGACUCAGAGUAGGGCCUGUUGGGGCCUUCACCUCAGACCACCUGACAUUCAGUCAAAAAGCACAUUCGGUUUGAUAUUUCUUGUGACAUUUGGUGUUGCACAUGUUCAGGUUUGCACCCCUUCAUCGUCGGCUUAUCGUCUUGCAGAAUCCAGCUCUGUUUUCAUCGCUAACUCAGCGUUAUUUUCUGCUGACUGCGGCUCUUUCACAUACAUUGCCAAUUAUGCAUGCAUCUUUCAAGAGCCCGCAUGCAUUCAGCGCCACUGAUAAGAUCCACAUCCUGUAACAAAGACAGUUUCUCCAGGACAUUUUCAUGACGUAACCCUCCAGUUUGUGUGCAGUGACAGCGAGAUUGUACGUCCUUUGUGUGUGUAUUUUCAACAACAAUAAGGCUGUCACUUCUUUUGUCUCGGACGCAUCCAGGGCGAACCUUGAAUAAGAAGUGACUGUUCUGUUGCAACGGAUCUCUUUUGUGCAAAGAGAAACUGACUUUAGUGCGUGUUCCUGGAUUACACUUCAGUCACGUAUUGUAUCUUCUGCACUCGGGGUGUAGCGGUGUGCAGCUGGUAACCACUUCCUGUUUUUUGGAACAGCGAAUCUUCUCACAGUUAAAAAAAAGGGUGAGUUGCGGUUUUAUACAAAUUGAAAAUGCUAAAUCUCAGAUAGAAUCGCUCCACAACGGUUUUUGGAUGUGCGUCAACAAGCGUUGUGAUCACGUUUGUCGCGCACUCUUCAUGUUUUGAUGUUUCUUUCCCCUCAACACUUGCAGGAAGCCCCCGCAUCAUUCCCCCAUUGUGGCAUUCGAGUGUAGCCUUCCUGUUCAGCCGAAACACAAACAUGCGAGAGCUGCUUUCUUAUUGUCCUGUUUCGUGCGGAGACUCUGAAGGGGCUCAGCGGUGGAGACCUCGCACGGGCCUGGGACUGUGAUCCAUGACCGAUGUUGUCCUGAGCAGGAACUCAUGUGCUCAGGUUGUGUUUGGAACACGCGUGUCUGAGCGAGACCAGGUGACUGCUAAUUUGUUUUGGCAGUCCAUGAACUCAGCAGGUUUAAGAUUCCCCUCACUCAACGCCACCAGCUUCCUGACAGGGUUUUGGACAGCCAUGCAGGGCUCCUUAUGUUUUUGCAGAUGAUGUGGAUCUAUUGGCGUCAUGGAGCGGUGACUGUGCAGCUGAGGGUGAAAUGGCUUGAUCAGCACCUGCAAGUCAGAGGGCAUGGUUCUGAGCUAGAAAAGGCUGGUUGGAAGGCAGUCUUUGCCCCAAGUAGAGGAGUUUCAAGUAUCUAAGGGUCUUGUUCAUGAGUGAGCAAGAAGCCAAGGCUCUCGAUUUGACGGUCAGUCUACGUCCCAACCCUCACCUGCGGUCACAAGCUUUGAUUCAUGACCAGAAGGACAAGAUUGUGGAUGCAAGUGGCUGGAAGGACGGGUUCAGGAACACUGAUCUGGGUGAUGCUCAAAGUCGAACCGCGGCUCUUCCGCAUUGGGAGGAGAAAGAUGAGCUGGUUUGGGCGUCUGGUUAGGGUGCCAUCGAGUUGUCUCUCAAGGGAGGUGUUUUGGGGAUGUUUGUCUUUGUGGAGGCCACGGGACAGGCCCAGGACAUGCUGGCGAGAUAGAGAUUAUAUCUCCCACCUGGUCUGAGAUCUGUGGGAAGUAGCCGGGCAGAGGAGUGCCAUAUCAGAGGCAGAAGAUGGAUGGACGGAUGGAUGUCUCUCGCGACAUGGACGGAACAUAUACCAUCCACAGUUUGUUAUAAUUUGGUCUUGAAUUCCUCAACGUUGCUUUCUCGCCUCAGACCAAUUCGGGAGCCUCCGCACCCCACAAGUUGAGGAAGUGACAGCAAAUUGAGCUUUAAAUAGACCUUCACUUCCACUAUGCCUUGAGUGAAGGGACCACAGUGAAGGUCUUCCACCCAACCCUAACCCUGUUCUACCUGAACAACUGGCCUCAGUUGUUCAGGCAGGGCCCUCAACCCAACACUGGAUAGGAUGUCAUCCUGAAAUAUCCUCAUCAGAGGACAAAAUGACUUGAAAAUGAAAAUGUCUGCCUGGGUGUGGUGUGUUAUGAGAAGCCCACAAAUUAUGGCCUGGUGGGUAUUGUUCUAAUCCAGCUAACCAACACUACGGAAACAGAGCUGCCGUUUUUGGAGCGAAGCAGCCGGUUAUUUGGUGAGCGCUGCCAGAUAUCUAAUGGUUCGUGGGGAAGCUGUGUGGGCCAGUGGUGGUGGGGAAGGAGACCCCACAGUCGUGGUUUUACUUCUUCUCUGUGUUUGAAAAUACCUGCCAGAGAGGUUGUAAAACGUAUCGGAACAGAGCGAGACGUAUAAUUGGGGUCAGUCCUUAUCCAAACAGGACUGGUGUGUGUUUAAUUUUUAUGUUCCCCGCAGGAAAGUAUGAAAAAAAAAAGUGUCAUCAGAUCUUCCUCCCGGCGAGCACUUGCUGCGAUGACGCUUUCAUCCGACGCUCAGACGGCGCGACGUCCUGGAUCAUGUUGUGUUUCUGUGGCUCGCUGCUUUUCUUGGAAUGUGCUGCGACUCUUUGAUUGUUCUGUUUCCUGUGAUUUCAGAGGCCCUUUGUUCCCUGUGGUAACUCACUAAUCAGGGAAUUCCGUCAUAGCUCCCUGUCGCUAAUGUCACCCUCGCUCUGGUGGUAUUUUUGGCUCCGUACAGAAAGAGCUGAGAAGACUCGGUCUAGUUGCACAACUAAGUUAUAUGUUGCUUUAUACGUUCUCUAUCUAUUCCCAGCGUUAUUCGGCCGCUUGUAUCUUGCGUACAGUCCUUGGUAGCGUCUGCCUUUGAUCCUGCCUGACGAUCAGAGACGCUUGUCAACGCUAACGUUUCACUGCCUCAUUAAUUCGGCUUUUACAGCAGAUCAUGCCGAACAGUGAGUUGAUGAACUCCGUCAUCCUUCAGGAUGACGAUACAAAGGUACAAAUCCCCACUUACACGGUUAAAGAAGUGCAUUCUAGACACGAGCGCUCGCGCUAGCCAUUCAAAGAAUAGCUAGCUUAUGCUUCAUUCAGCAACUUCAUACUUCAGAUUCCACACUUUUAAUAAGAAGCUUGAACCAUUGAGGAUCAGUAUGACUCCUUUCUUCUCAUCACAAAUAUUUGAAAAUCAUCGUCUUAGUGAAGGUAAUGAAGGAAUCUGCGAUUCCCGCGGGCAGGUACCUCUCAGUCGACUCCACAGGACAGGCCUUCACUACACAAAGAAAAUAAACGGUGAACUGUUGAUGUAGUGUUGGAAGGCUAUGGCUAAUGGACGGUCGCCCGUGACCGGGAGGUUGCCGGGUGGAUCCCAGCUCCAGAUGUGUUGAUGUGUACCUGAGCAAGGCACUUAACCUGCAAUUGCUCUCAGCGCUGCCCCCAAGUGGCUGCCUGUCUGAGGGACAAUCUGAAGUUCCUCACAGGUGCCUUCAUAGAUGUAUUAGUUUUAAGGAUGUGUUCCAACUGCCCUUCCCUGGAUCAGCCAACUUAGGGAUGCUCGACUUGGGAGAAGUGUCGUGUGCCAGAGGAUGUCUUGUAGGGGGCGCUGUGAGAAUAUCGAUACCCACUCGCUCAGAUGUUCGCCUCUAUGUUUGACCCUAUUUCUGGCCAAGAUUAGAGGAUGGUGCGUCAGGAGUGAGUAAGUUUCAAUUGAGAAGGUCAAAAACAAGGCCUUGAGCUGAAGCUUUUUUGGCCUGCUGCUCUCUCUUUACCUUGGACAGGUGGAAGAUGAUGGAUGGAUGCAGGAGACUAUGUCGAUAGGUACUGACCACUGCCAACUGGCUGGAGAAAGGCAAAAUGGAAACUUGCUGAAUAGACAAAUGUCAGACAUGACAGUAUUGACAUCUAUUCCAGCUCGCUGCGAUCGUUCCCUCUUCGCGUUGAUUUAUGACCGGAUGCAGCGCAGACUACUGGAUACAUGGAUCAUUUCUCCGUGUUCAUAAACUGUGUGAGGAGAAAUGCAUGUGCCAAGUCUGGAGAUUCAUAAUGAGGUCAGUUAUUUUGCAAGCCGGGUUUCCCCCCUUUUUUCUUUUGCUUAGACUGUGGUUUUGCGAUGUGUUAUGAGAUCCAUGAAACAACAACGAAACCAGAUGUUGCCCAGUAAUGCGUCGGCGCGCGCUGUCGAGGCGAGUUGUCAGAGCCAGACGUUUGUGCUGUCUAAGCCUUCUCCAAAGACCUCUUCUCCCUUUUAUACCCCUCCCAAAAUAACCCCCCUCCCAUUGGCUGAGAAGGGUCUGGUCACUGAAUCACAUCAGGCCAAUUAGAGAGUAACGCUUCCUUUACCGCAAAAGAUGUUUCCUGUUGAUAGUAAAGCAAAGCGUGGCCUGUCGAGGCGCAGAGAAUGCGAGGGGAGGGUGAGCGCGCUGAAACCUCGCCAGUGUUUCCCUGACCUUUGUGGCCCCUGUGGCGGAAAAAGUGAGGCCGUCGUGGACGCGAGGUGUGUGUGUGUGAGGAGAGUGACCCGCAGCUCAAAAGAAAGCCCUUCGAACUGACUCAUUUUUGCCAUGUUGUGCACUCACCGUGUGACCGCGGCUCCUGCGGCGUUCACAUGCCAGCUUAUAGAUCCAGCACUGACCACUUCGCCCCCGAUCGCUCGUGCUAUCACGACCAAGCCUGUAGUUAGUCGGCGCGCUCACUGGCCCUUCCACGGUUUGUUGUUGUUUUUUUACGGCCAGACAAACGGAAAGAAACCACAAGUCCCCUUUUGAUGUUUGUGAGAGAAUUUUGGGAAAGGCAUUCUGUCCACACACGCUUUCUCAACCCUCGGAUCCGAGCUGUCGUUCUCAGGUGCCAGCUGCAGGGUUUGCUCAGGACAAACUGGCUGGACCGGCCAGCGACUGUCAAAAUACACGAGCUGUUAGCGCUAGCUUCACUCUGAUGCGGAAAAAUAAGCGGAUUAUUUGUGUGUUGUUUUAUAGCUCACGACAUCCCGUCUGUCAUAUUUCACUGCAAAUAUCUUUAGAUCUUUUUAAUGCUGGCUCUGACGGACUCUCUGGAAAACAGUUUAUUGUCAUCCGCAACAAAAGAAUUCCAAAUUCUUUGGUCCUCAUUAGGAGGAAUGGUUCUUAUCUUGCUGUUUGUAUAAACCUCGACUGCUGUGUCUGUUGAUUGGCUGGCAUAACUACAGCGUGAUGGAAGGCUCAAAAUAAAGUUAGGCGGCUAAAGAUGCAAAGGAAAAUCCACUUCCUGUACUGGACUGGCUGAAAAUGAGUUGUUACUUUUGGUGGAGAUAGGUCCGUCAUAUACUGUACUUCGGGCCCGGCGAAUAUCAAGACAUAGGGGGCGAUGUAGAGUUGUCUCUCCCACUAGAUUGCUCAGUCAUGUGGCUUCACUUCUUCCGCUCACAAUAGUCCAACUUGUCGCUUGGUGGUUGGAAUAAAAACAAGGAAUUUGUUUACAUGGACCUGCUCCUCUUCCUGACACAUCCCUCAUUAUUGGCCCAUAUCGCUGCUACUUCCACCGCUUCAGCGCACCGGUGUUUGGUACCUUCAGUGAUGUCACAAGAUGGCGCCGGCGUUUGACCCACUUAUUAAAACCUUGUCAGAAUCGCACUGUAUUUUAUGCAAACUUAAUUCUGUUGGAUUUUCUUUGUUUACCACUUCUUCUUUCUAGAGAUGUGUUUGGGUCGGUGACGCUGUGAAGCCUCUGUCAUGGAACUAAAUGUGGACAUUAGGAGUGAAACAAAUGAAACGCUCAUACAAGAAUAUAAAAGAAACCCCGCCACCAUUAGUCCUAUGACUCCCCGCUUCCCUGCUCGCCCACCUGUUUCUGUGGCAGACGCAGAGUCAGAGUCAGGGCUGUUUAUCUUUAAUCGAAUCGCUGCUGCAACCCAAACGUCUCUCUCUCUGACUGAAGCCACAGGUUGGAGGAAUGUCUGCCGUCUGGACGGGAAAACAGAAUCAGCUGAGAUCAGCAAAUAAGAGCGCAGCUACUCUUACUCCUUUUCCCGCUUUCCCUCCACGCGCUUCUCACACACGCUGGCCGUGGCGCUCACACACACACACACACACACAGGCUUUCACAUGGAGGAAAAUGACACCUUUUCUUUCAGCUAUUUCCUCUGUUUUCACAUACUUGGGCCGAGGUAAAGAGUGUGUUUUCAUGUGACAAAACACACAGAGGUCUGUAUGAAUUCAGGUGGUGAAUGGCCUAAUUCAUCAUCCCGCGUUUGGCCUGUCUCAGCCCCGGCUGGGAAUAUUGCUAUCUGCACUUAAAACGCGACCCGCUGAUGCUGUCUCUGGAGCUUAAAGAAAGUACAACUCACUGCUGUCCUCUGUUUGACUGAUGACUUCUCUGGAGAGUCAGAAUUCCAGCUGAAAUGUGGUUUUGGAAAGGCUUUUUUACUCGGAACGAGUCGCAGGAAACGGCAAGUCUUUUUUGGCCGCUCGCUUGACACAAGUGGAGGAGAAAGUAUCUGCUUGGAUAAAACAAACAGCUACUGUUUUUAAUAUCCCGUGAAGGAUGACAGCUGAAACCACGUUGUUGUCAAAUGGGAUUUUAAAGGGACAAGGUUCAUCUUCAAAAACUUGUGUUUCCCUUCACGUAGACCAGAAAUUUGACUUAUCUGACAUGUACUUCAAAACAAUGACCUUCUUCACACUCAAACUUAGUUGUUUGAGAACCUCUCACUCACACCGACAAUUAAGGGACUUAAAUUAACCUCUGUGUUUCUGGACUGUCGAGACAAAUGGAAAAGAAAGACCCAGCUUUGCCAUAGUUUCCUCCAGGUGGAUUGAAACCUGCGACCUUGCUGCAGCAGUUACAGUGUUGCCAUAAGAUUCAGCUUGGACCCAUUGGUCAAGAGAUUUAGCUUAAUAUGAAAAAGACCGAUGCUCAUUGAAUAACAAGGUCUUCAGCAACUCUGGAUCUCCAGAGCCUUGAAGAUCCGGCACAGCUGGAUGGUUCUGUAGAAACUCCAAAUGAUGACGGCCCAAACCAUCUGGACUUGCUUUCUCCAAAAAAAUAGAGGCAGGGUGUCACAGAUUAGUCUUGAGGAGGUUUCAUGUUUGCACUUAAUCCGAUUAGAUUGGAAUACUAAAUGUUCCUUGCUGAUGUAGGUGCGAAAUCUGUGUCCUGCCGCUGGAUGAUGACGGCACAGCCGACAGAUCCGAUUGGCAGACUGUGGAGAAGAAGGGACGUAUAUCCUGAGCUAAACAAUUGUUGUAAACCCCACUGUACCUCAAAGUUCCAGGCCUAGAUUCUAGAGAAAGAUUUCAACAAAGUUAGGGCCUAGGAACCCAGCUGUGCUUUCCAGGAAGAUUCAGUGUUCAAAUGGGCAUGAAAUGGAAAAGCUAUAAAUUGUGCUGACAGCUUGAUGUACGUAGCGUUGUUCCUCACUGACUAACUGUCGGCGGUGGACGUGACGCCCUCCAGUGGUGCUGCUCCAGGUCUCAGUGGUGGAGUUAUGACUGCUGAUCGACCUUUACCGUGGACGUGAGGGGCUGGUCCAGCGCGGCAAGUCCUCCAGCGUCCUCCCUUCUCACGAGCUUUUCACACACAUGCUGAUAACCGCACUCCAACCUCCCCACCGAAGGGAGCGGGUCUGUAAUUACCGAGCCUCGGCGGAGCGCCAUAAUCACAAUGACUCAAAUAGAAAUCUGGAUCAACAGAUGAUUCCAGAUUCCAUCUGUUUACACCGCAGUGCUUCGAUUCAAACAUGCGGAACAGGAUGACCUAUUGUCCCGGGAGCCUUUGUUUGCGUUUCUGUCAUGAGCCAGUACGAACGUGGCCCUGCGUAAUUGCGCUUUUGUGUUUUUCAGCCCACAUCAAAGUCGCUUGUUUGCAUCGAGUAACAAAAAAAAAAAAUCUGUUUAAAUCCACAGCCAGCAAUGAAUCGCACUCCUGUCCGGCUCUACACACGCCUCAGUGUUCUGUUACAGGCACUAACACUGCAUGUCCACAACUUCAGGUCGGCAGGAGGAAAUUGUUAAAUGAGCAGAAACAUCUCAGAGCAAUGGGAGGAAGAUGCCAUUCGCCUGUUCACAGUGAUGAUGCUGGUGCCUUGAGCUCAACAAACUGUGCACAAUGUAGUGGUACCCCAAAUUUUGGGGUAUUUUUCAUUAGCGCUAUCCUGGUAUAGAUGGUAAAUCUAUUUAGUGUAACACAAUCCAGUGUCUCUCUUACAAAAUUUCCCUUUUUAAUUUUAAUGUAACUGUUCGCACUGCCAACCAUCAGUUACACAGCAAAACAACAAGCUUUCGGAAUUGUUGUCAUGACCUUGACGGGUCCUACACAGGCUGUGGUACCUCCUGAUGACUAGGUAUAACCCAUUCUCACUCGAACGGCGACUAUUUCCAAGUGUACUUUUCCGUCCUACGUUGAUGACGAAGGCAGCUGUCCAUGUCGCAUGUUGACACAGAGGUGUUUCCCCUUUGUGACGUUCCAAACAUGGCGGGUUGGAACAGGGGCUUCCGUAGAAGUCACUGUGACUGGAGCGCAUUUUAUAUGCCGAGUGACACAUGGUAGUAUGCAGAGCGAAGUUAGCGCCCUCUCAUGGCUAACCUCUUUCUCUCGCGUGACAUGCAGCCCACGCCGUCAGGAUAUGCAGCGAAAGGUACAAUAUUCAGUGGAGCAUUAUACUUGCAUUAUACGAGUGAUGCCAAAGUCACACGUUGAUACCGAAGUGCACUUGUAAACACUCCCUAUUUGACCCAUUGGGAGUUGUGUUGCUAGCUCAUGUUGCAGUUCUUUAAAAACAUCUUCGAUGUCCAUUGGUGAAUCUUUCAAUCGUGUAACUCGACGUCAUCUUCAGCUCCGGUUUCCCUCUGGCGGCCUUGUGUCCUGUUGCUGCCUAACCUAAGGUUAGCUAGCUUGUUAGCUAGCUUAUCUGGCUGGCUGAUAGCAGCUAGACUCUAACUUCUCAUGGCUACGCAAAGUGGAUGCAAAGAAGCUCGGAAAAAGGCUCACUGUCCGUCUGUGCUGCGCCCCCUGCUGUCCACACACUUGUCUUUUUUUGUGUGUAUGUGUGUGCAAUUCACCAUCAUAAAAAACUGGUCUGACGGUGACGAAUCUGAGAGAAUACUUCUGAUUCAUUUGGCUUUGUUUCGCUAACAAACACGCAAAAGGAAAAUUACAAAACAUAAUUACGGUCUUUCUUCAUGGAUUCAUUCCUUUUCUUCCGCCUACUCUCUUUACGUGAUCGGGGGGUGGGGCCACAACCUAUCCCAGCUACCUCGGGCGAGAAGUGUGCUGGACACAGUGACAUAACAUAGCAUUUUUUGGGUUUAUUUUUCAUCAUUGAAAUGGUUUCUGUACUUUCACUUGUUGAACCAUGGCGUCGUGCGUCGCAUGGCGGAAAUGCUGACCCUGUUUUUCAGCUCGCAGGCCACUGUCGCUUAAAAAAAACUGCUGCAAACACUGCCGUUGCUCAAUGGCAAUUGCCUAAGACACUCCAUUCCAGGGAAGUGAAUGCACUGCCUUGUUCCAAAUUUAGUUUUCUCCUGCCACCAAGAGCUGCUAUUUGCUCUGCCAUUUCUCAGGGUUGUGGGCUUCUUUAAUGAGCACUUUGAUCCCACUCAGGUCUGGCGCUGGUGUUUACGCGACCCUGAGGUGGAAAAUAAGGAAAAGCUCUGCUCAGACCUCGUAGCUGUGGACCGGUUUAGUGACCACAUCGCGACCCCGAGGACCUCAUCCCCUCCACCUCCUCAGUCUCACCGGCCACAAGCGCGGUUCCCGAGCGUCAGCCCUUUUUGUCUGGAGGGAUCGCACGUAAAUCUGAGGCGGGAAAGUGGUCCACUUGUUACGAGCUCGGAUGUCGGCAGCAGAUGGUUCAUCUGCAGCGGAACACGUGUCCCACAUUGAGACCUCCCUUUGUCGCCUCCAUCAAUUCAUAGCUGGAGUGGAACGGCUUUUUGGCAGCAGAUAUUCUAUAUCCACUUUUCCUGACUUGCCAGAGCUGGAUAGUUUUUAGCACUGCGCCUGAGCGUGGCUUCACUGACCUGCGUAAGAUCAUCACAUUGACAGGUUCUUUUCCCAAACACCCUCAGACUAACACGGCCUCGACGGCCCACUUUCUUUGUGGUUCCUCUCCUCCUUUGUGGACGGUGGGAUGAGGAGCAGCAGGCCACAAUUACGAGGAAUUAUUUGACAGACUCAGUCUGUCACACUUUUCUUGCAUUCUUUCAAUUGACUAAAGUUACAAUUUGGUGACUUUGGUGACAUUAUUAAAAAAAGUUCUUUGCUUUAUUUUGAUUCCCUGUACAGAGGAUGAAUAAUGCUUGAGCUUUUUAAGUCGUGAAAGUGGCAACAGAACUGUGGCUAAAACAUGAUUUUGAUCUUUGUGAUUUAAAAAAGGCGCUUUUUCCCAAGGUAUUUUCUCUUUCCAUCCAUCGUUCUUUUCAUUCUUCUUUUUAGAACUUUGUAACUCUGUCAUUCAGAAUGAGCGUCUGAUCUCAAAUCACAGUGGAAAUCUCAGCUUCUAAGAUGCAGCAUCGGUGUGUUUCGACACCUGUUUCCAGUGGAAACAUGCCCUCUGUUUGAGCAGAUGAUUCUCCGCCACGAUGGCUUGGCUAGCAUCUGUGUCUCGACCCUCUCUGCACACAUUUUCCCUGAGAUUUUCGAGGCAGUGGCCUGCAUCUGUUGACGCUGUGGAAGCAUCCAGAAGCGAGUGGCAGCGUUUAUAGCACCAUUUGUAGCGUCACAGUGAAGGGAUGGAAGCCACCGCCACGCUGCCGUUCAGUUUUGUAAUAGUUUUCUGCCGGUUUCAUAACAAGCCAAGUGUCAUUAAAAUAUUUAAGCUCCAGAGCACAUGGUGAAGGUGAGGUUUGAUUCAGCGUCUCUGGGUGCCUGCGAGCCUCAGCUGGAUGUGUGACAUUCCUUGGUAUCAUUCACUCUCCCAUUAACACGGGGAACUGAAUGUUCUCCAGUCAGAGUGAGUCUGGCUCAGGAACCAUUUCAAAUGUCAACUGAAUGAAGGGUGCUUUCAUUCAGGCAGGAAUUCAGAGACAUGGUUGAGAUGGUGAGGUGUUGCUACAAACAGAGAUCUCUGAAUCCGGUUCGAAGGGGAGGCAGGAUAUGCAAAGCCUUUAUAACUGCAGGGGCGACAGGUGCGCGGCUUACUUCUGCAAACUUGGAACUACGAGGACAAACAAACAGAAAGUGGCUCACUGGGUUCUGACAUAAGCACUGUCAAUAUUGGCCCAAGACUGAGUAUCAAUGCGGAAUAUGUUCCGUGUAUUGCUGCCGAGAGGAAACUCAUAAGUGGGUUUGCAUUUUCCAGAAACAAGACGUGAUUACGGCUCUUUCAGUUGUCUGAAGUUCAGUCUAAUCCUCAGUAAACGACCCGUCCUGACCCCCUGUAAUGCUGCGUGCUUCAACCGGGAGACUGUCAGGUGUGUUGCGGGGAAAUGAUCCGGCUUCACCUCAUGUGUCUGGAGUCAGAGGCGGGCGAUAUGAUGCCAUGGAAUCAUGACAGUGAGAAGGUGUUGAGGAGCAACCAAGGUGAGGAGAUGAUCCCAUGGAUUGGCUGCCAUUCUUUCUCUCCACUCUACUGUAGAGCUCCAGUGUGUUGAUCCGUCCCUCAGUCAAAGCAGCGCUGCUGUGGUGCGCCGCGCUCCUCUUCUCACACGCUCACAGCCAAGAAGCCGCUCACAUGUGCAACUUCCAGCUGUUUUUAAAGCUGAUGCGCCUCUAACUGGACCACACACUUUCACCACAGAACCAUGGAGGGAGGGAGGGCAGGAUCCUUGUGGGAGCCGCCACCAGGCCAAAGACUGUCUGCACCGCAGAGCUAACAGAGCUAACGGCUAACAUGACGUCUCACUACAAAACUACUAAACUAAAUGCACGACAAAAUAAACGCACUCCAAAAUGUGAAGUGCGAAAGAAUCAUUGUUUUUAUCAAGCAAGCUCAGGCAAAGAAGCUGAGGAUUUCUCUGGAAACUCAAAACUACAAUAAAGUUGUGCAAAAGAGAAGUGAGAAAAUAAUAAUUGCAGUACAAAACAUUUUCCUUCCCGUGUAGCGUUCCACAUGGGGGUUUGGAUGGGGGGAUAUAGAAGGAGCGCCGUGGCUUACCGAACCCUGAUCUCUGUCUUUCUUUUACGUGAUAUGACUCAAUACAUGCCGAAAAGUGAUGCCAAAAAUGUAAUUUUUGCCACAGGAGUCUAAAUGGAAUCAGUCUCUAUUUUAGCAUUAGCAUCUUGUCCAUCUGGUUUUUGGAAGAUUCUGGAGAAAGCAGCCAAUUGACAAUUGUUUUGUUUCUGGUGACUCCGAUAGCGUCUUUUAACACAGCUAAAUAGUCGACAUGUGGGAAGCAGAAGCUCCAGUGGAACACUGUUUAUAUCGGCUAUUUCCGAUACCCAGGAGAAGAUUGGCGCCGUGACUCACUCUGCAAAACUUAAUGAUUUAUUUUUGAAGGAGCCCAACGCUCCUCCACCUGGACAUUCUUGAGCGCUGGAUUUGGAGAAGGAGACGUGAAUUGUUCUCAGCCAACGACUAGAACUAGCAUGUUGACUCAGUGACUCAGUUGCUGUUUGCUCUGGGCUGUUAAUGACUGAAGUAUAGGGUCAUGUGAUGAGCAGGAUCCUGUCUCUGAGGGGAACAGUCUUUUCAGACGCAGUGAAAAAUGGAAGGAUGGGAAUGAUUGUUUCGGUGAGGAAUGGUUGCAGGGCUGGAUGGCAGCGCUGCCUGGACUUGCCCCCCCACGCUGCCUAUCCACGUGCCGUGGACACCCAUGUGCCAGCGCCGAUGAGUCACCGCAGACAAGUGUGAGCCCUGGCUGACAUGACUCACGGCACACUCGGGGAGGAUGGCUCCAGAGGAGUCGACAUUUUCUCAUGCUCCGAGUCGACUACCUGUUACCCCAAGUGAAAAACAACAGCACGCCACAGAAUACCGCGGAAAUGCAUCAGAACCUGUUAGCUCAGAUCAGGCGUCAAUUCACGCCAAGUGCCUCUCCUGAUUCUAGUAUGCGAGUCACGAUGUUUGCUGAUGGAAAGCACCUGUGUUGUGUUAGCUUGAGCAAGCUAGUAUUUGUUCAUGCGCUCACGCGGUUUCUCCAGUUUUUACGCACAAAUCCGCUGCAUGGCGGUGCAGAAUUUUGAGCGAUGAAAUGUGAGCUACCCCGGAGAACCGCCGAGGAGAAAUUGGGCGUCACAUUUUCAUUAUAGUGUCCCCUCCAUGGUUCCCACAAGCCUGGGAUAUUAGCUGUAACUACUGUGGAGUCUCACUGUAAGUGCUCCAUGACUAAGUCGGCGUAGUUUGCGUGUGUCGGGUCCAUGCUGUGGACGUGCGUGGGCGGCGGGCGCUCGCUGGUGCCCGACCAAGGGUUACAGCCCCACGGAGUCGCCGCCGCUGCUGAUACAGAAAGAUUACAGGUCUUAUCUGUGGCUCCUAAAGUCACUUCUAGGACUGUUUUAUUGCGACACAGGAAAAAAAGGCCAUAAACCUAAAGUGAGUGACGGAUAGCUGCACUUGGCUGCAGCGGCUUCUCAUUAGCGCGGUUUAUGGCCCAGGAUCCUCAGUGAAAGCAUGUGCUGGGCCGGGCCGGUCACCGUGGCCAGAGCCGGAGCGUCCUCAGGACAAGUUCAGGGUGACUGCCAGGAACUUUUAAUGUGAAAUAAAUCUGAACGCUGGAUGCUGCUAACCACGAAAGCUCUGUCUGAAAACCUUGAGCGACCUGAAAACACGGCAGAUUCCGUCACACGCUGCUUGGAACGAUUUGAUGGUGCACCUGACGUGAGCGCAGGAAGUGACGGUCACACGCGUCAGUAGCGUAAGAGCUGUGUCUCUGUCUCCGUGGGGGCCCCUGGACCCGCCACCUCUGCGCCGGAUAUGAAUGAAACUCAAAGACGUUUCUGUCGUCGGAUUUUAUUGUUGCAGAACUUCCUGUUUACCAUAGAAGGCGUUGCCCUGUUGUGUUGAGGAUGGUGAGUUCCAUCUGUCAUGGCUUUGGGACCCCUGCGCAACACAGGUCCCUUGGUUACCUGUGUGUGAAGGAAGCAGAAGAUACGUGACAGGCUCUAAUCCCUUCAGGUGUUUGCUGUGUGUUUAGUUGAUACCUGUGGUGGUUUGUCAGCCAGUCAAAUGGAUCCCAUCAUCCCCAGGCAUCCGAGGAAUGAAUCGCCGGAGACCUCCAGCAUCUCCAGUCGCACCAGUUUUCACACACAGUGGACCAGAGGAGCUCUCGAGAUGACUGGAAUAGUUCAGAUGCUGCUCAGACAAAAGCAGGAGAAACAGGGGCGAUGAGUGAGGCGCGGGAGCGCCGCCGUGACCCGCUGGCCGACCUGGGUUAAUCCCGGUUUACGCUGACCUCACUCAGCAGCUCCCCUCACCUGGAGCGUGACCCCCGCCUGACCCCUGAGGCGCUGACAGCCUCGACAUGGCGACUUCUCUGGGAGGCAUUUUCUUAGAAAGCUGCUGUGAUCACCCCAAAAGAGUCAACAGAGCCACGGAUUCAAAGAAAAAUCGCCGCUUCAUGGGAGCAUUUCUCAUGCAGUGGCCUGUUUUGUGUCGCUGUAUCUGACAGCUGGAGCUGAUUGUUCAGUGUCAGGGCUGUUUGUUUUCCCGGUCAAGGCGUCGGAGGCUUCGUUUCAAAUGAGUCAAAGUGACUAAUGUUGGAAUUAUAGGUGGCGGACACACGGUAGCGAGAUGACAGUGCAGAUAGGAGCUCACAUUUGUGCCCUGUUAACAGCAAUAAAUCAGCUUCAGACAUGUUUGUCGAGUGUGUAGGCGUGCGGUGGUUGUAAAGGUGUUUCCACACCGUGUGUGUGUUCAGCAUAGGUCGCGUAUUUGGGUUUUUAGUCGGGUGUCAGGUGGGACAUUGAGUCACGUGACACGUCCGCUAUGCUGUUUUGUCGAUUUGGGCUCCAUUCAGUGCUGUCGCGUGUUUGUAAUGGUGUUUUUUAUUUGAACAUAAUAUUCUCCAUAAUAUUCUGUGCAUCAUUCUAAACACUGGAUUUAUGAGGAGAAUGACCAGCAGGCGAGUAACGUGUGGAGAAGUUUCAGCUCUGAUGCGAGUUUCAAUGGAUGCAACAAAACAAUUUUUCAAUUUUAGAUGAUUAUUUUUAAUGGUAGAAAUUAUAGUCAAUCAUCCUGUAACUUAUCCAGUAGGAUGGAAAAUAUUAAAAUAUGUCAAAGUAAAAAUACCG